UCGGGUUAAAGAACUUCAGUUUUCCUGUGACCGUCGCUCGGGUCAUCCACAAAAGCACGAGUGCUUACGACCACGAAUAAUCGAACAGUGUUUUUCGUUGAGUUUUAUAUUUCCUUUGUUUUUCAACUGUUUUAUCGACAUGGAGUUUCGGACCUUUGUUAUGAUUCUCAUAAGCGUCUUCGCCUGCGUCUCAGCAGAGGAAAAUUUGCUCGCACAGGCCCGUGGACAAGCUGCUCUCGAUCCUUCGACCCUCGGACAAGAGAAGGAACCUCCCGAGGGCUACUACGCGUUCGUCGAGUCCCCCAAAGCCGAGCCCCCGAAAGUUCGUCCCCCACCUUACCGUGACGGGGACAAAGAAUGUUUCGAUACAGGCAAACAAGGGCAGGGCUUCGUAUCGAUACACAACGUCUGCGGCGACCUCAACAAGGGAUUCAUCCCGAGGAACCCGAUGGGACAAAACGUCACGGGAGCUUCGUAUCCCUUCGAUCUUUUGAGAAACCACACGCUCAAGUACUUGAGCAAGGCGCUCCCGAUCCUGAGGGCUGAUGACUCGUUGCCCAAAGUUGCUCAAGUUCAACCAUUUUCACAGAACUCCGUCGAUACCGACGAGAAGAGGAGCCGCGGCAAACGAGAUGCCACAGUGACAGAAUCGAGCAUCGAUAUGAUGCGAAAUGGUCGAAAAUUUUGCGAGAACGGGGGUGGAGUGAUUUGCAUGCUCUACAAAGCCAUUCACGGCGAGCCUCUGUCGGGACCUCCGGCUGCUGAGCGCCGCGAUGAGCCCCCCUCCCCGGAAUAUCGGCAGCGGGCUCCCCCGCAGGAAAAACCCGAAUACACCGGGCCCCCGACGCCUUGUCCAGCGAAGGUCGAAUACGCGACUCCUGUUUUCGCGAAAAACUAUCAAGGACAAUGGCGAUACGUUGUCCAGAUACCCUACGAAGGAUAUUUCACGCAGACGAUCGAACUGACCAGAUGCAUGCAAUCCCGAUGCCAUUAUCUCGACGGUGGGUGCCUCUCCUCGCCGAGGUGGACGAGUCUUUUGGUCGCUGAAAUAUACUAUCCGGAAACGAUCAUGGAGGAUGGACAAAACGGCCGGUUUCCAGGACCCAGAGAACCCGUCACAGGCUCGCCACCUCCGGUCCACGAUUUCCAAAAUUAUCAACAAUAUUUGCAGAGACGUGCUGGAGAGAACGAGGGUCGUAGCAGCUCGACGAACCAACAGCAUCACUGUAACGGGGUCGAUGAAAUGGGCUGCUAUCAGGUCCGUUUGUACCUCGAUUGGUUCCUCGUACCGGGGAGCUGCAAAUGCUGGAGGCCCGAUUACUUCAAUCGCUACGUUCGUCGCACGAGCUCGAAUCCCGAGCUGUGAAGCGAUCGAUAAUUAGUCGAUGACGAGAAAGAGACGAUUAAUUUAUUGACGUGUCACAGGACAUUUAAAUCUAGUAUUUGCACCUGGAACACAACGAUUCCUCGGUGAAUUCGAUUCCUCAAAUGCGAGGCUGCGCUUCCAAGCUUCCAAGUAUAGUAAGAUAAAGAGAGACAAAAUUUUCUCGACGAAAUCAUCGGAGUAUGCAGAGAAAAAUGGAAGUGCAAACAUCGGUUUGUACUUUUUAUGGAUUUUCGAAAGAUGGCCGAUGAAAGGACUGAUGAAUAAGCACCAUUUUAAGGACUCGGUAUCUGCACACAGUUUCGUAUUUGAAAGAUCGGUCUUGUGAUAAGUUUCGUAGUGGUUAAAUCGUUUUACUUAUUGAAAGAUCAACUAACCGAUUGAUCGAUUGAUAACUGAGGAUAAAUUUAUUUAUUAAUCGAUGGGUUAAAUAAUAAAUUUGAAAACUGAUUAAUUGAUUGAUCAAUCAAUAAUGUCUAAGCAUUUUUCACGUUCUCGAUAUUGAAUAAUGUGUACGAGUGAGAAGGAAAAAGUUGAUUGGACGUUUCGAAAAAGCGUCUUUUUAUCCUUGAGCCUAAUAAAAACGUCAAAGUCCGUAAACGAGCUCGUUUUUCGAGGUUUUUUCAACCACUCUUUCCUCCCUUUAUUCGUAGAAGAAAAAUCUCGUUAUUUCCAUGCUUGCAAAAAAAAAAUGCAAAAACUGUUUGUCGCAAAUGAAACUC